CCUCCCAUGGUGUUGAAAGGCCGAAGAUCGCCUGAUCCUCUGCCUCGCUUAUGUCACGCCGCCCACCGCCCACAGGGCGCGUCGGUCCGGCCGCGGCGCGCUGGAGAGGGCCGCGGUGAUUGAAGUCCUGACCGCCUGUUGAGGGCUCGCUCAGCGGGAGAACAGUUCAGGGGACGUGUGGAAUAAUUAUUAUGUUAUUUAAGGGUGAUUUACAACACAAGACCACGUUUGGUCCGCCGUGGAACUGUUUUCCUGUUACAGGUUGCUCCAACUGAUUGUUAUGCCACUUAUUGCUUCAUCUCUCGUUGUGGAGAGACGCAUUUGAGCCCAACGCGUCGCUUCAUGGACGUCGAUAGAGCGGAAAGGACGCGACAUCAUCUCAAACGCGCCGCUAAUGUUGGAUACUCGGCCCGGUCCACGCUUCUGCUGCUAGUCUUAUUAAGUUCUUGUAGAGAGUGUGUCUUAUCUGCCGCUCUGGUGUGUGUUGUCAUCCGUCAGUGAGUGUGUGAGCUCGGCUUCCGUAUCGCAUGGAGAAGAGGUAUGAGGAGUUGGUGCAGUACCCAGGCUCUGACGCCAUGCCUGUGGGAGACUACAGGGACGCCAUGAGGUCACUUCCUCCGCCUCACUACGGCCACACUGUGCCUGAUUCCCUGAAACACCACCGGGACCAGAUCUACGGUCAUCCUCUGUUUCCACUCCUGGCUCUGGUAUUUGAGAAGUGUGAACUUGCCACCUGCUCACCACGAGACUCGAUAUCAAACUCCGCCCAUCUUCCUGGCAUGACCAUUCACAGUGACGUCUGCUCCUCUGAAUCGUUCAAUGAUGAUAUCGCAGCCUUUGCCAAACAAAUUCGGUCAGAGAAACCCAUCUUUUCAUCAAAUCCGGAACUGGACAAUCUGAUGAUCCAGGCCAUUCAAGUUCUACGGUUUCAUCUAUUAGAGCUAGAAAAGGUUCAUGACCUCUGUGAUAAUUUCUGCCAUCGGUACAUCACCUGUCUUAAAGGCAAGAUGCCCACUGAUUUGGUGCUGGAGGACCGGGAGGGUGGAUCCAAAUCUGACAUGGAAGAUUUCACUGGCUCUUGCACCAAUCUGUCAGAACAAAAUCAGUCUUGGUUGCGAGAUCCGGAUGACUGUGUGUCGACCCCCUCGGGCACCCCCAGUGCCUCCUGUGGCCUCACCUCACACAGCGCAGAGAACUGCAGCGAUGCCGGUGAUGGGUUGGAUGGAAGUGUGGCAUCUCCCAGCACGGGAGAAGAAGAUGAAACAGAUAGAGACAGACGAAACAACAAGAAAAGAGGAAUCUUUCCCAAAGUUGCGACAAACAUUAUGAGAGCUUGGCUCUUCCAGCACCUGUCGCAUCCAUACCCGUCUGAAGAACAGAAGAAACAGCUCUCCCAAGACACGGGUCUCACUAUACUGCAGGUCAAUAACUGGUUUAUAAAUGCCAGACGCAGAAUAGUCCAGCCAAUGAUUGACCAAUCAAAUCGCUCAGGCCAGAGUGCUCCAUACAGUCCGGAGGGGGCGGCUCUAGGAGGAUAUGGGUUAGAUGCACAGUCUCAUUUAGGUCUUAGGACAGCAGGACUUCAGGGAAUGCCGUCCCUGCCCACAGAUUACCCCGGGGCCCUUCUGCCCCAGCCGGGAUACUCCCACGCUGGCCCAUCCUUGCACCCGUACCCCGGCCCCCACACUGCCAUGCUGCUCCAUCCACCACCCCACAGCCACCCCGCUGAACCCCUCAUAGGACAAGGCCUUGACAUCCAUGCCCACUAACUGAGAGCGGAGCAGGGGAGGGUGCGCUGGAAAUGGGAUGGAAGGGUACAUUGUAAAUUGACUUUGCAGUACCACAGCCCAUCACUCUCACCAAACCUUCAGGGCAUCACCGCGGUCGACACAUAAUGACUCUGAGAAUGUCUUAAAUGCACUGACCUGGCAUCUUAAAUGUAUCAAAAUGUCCAUUUUAUGCACUCAGCUUCCAUGCAAUGCCCAUCUCAAAUGCCUGACAGACUUGUUACAUUCCUUAACCAUUUAUUGCUAUCUGAUCUCCUCACGACAAUGCUCUGAAUGCACUGUACUUAAUACAUCUCUCUACUAGUUUUUAUGCACACUGCUGCGUUUGAUUGAUAUACCCACGUCUUCCUAUGGCCUUAGGGGUGAGCUGAAAUCUCCCUUAAUCUGACAUUAAGGCCUUCAUUGCCUUUCUUGCCUUGCCUCCGAAAACCCUCUUGAGGAGCACAAACGGAAAAACACAGCGUAUACCUCCUCAGUCAGGACCCAACAUGUCAGAAAGUCCUGAAAUAGUCUUCUGAGAUGAACAAUUGCACCAAAUCCUUACAACCUAACACGGUUAAUGUAAGGUGAAGCUCAUGAAACCACGACGUCAUGUUUCACCCCGAAAUCAAAAGGCGUUUUGCACAAGAAACCUAUUAUUAGAAGAGAAUUAGGAAUCAUUUUGCAUUGUGAUCUUAUUUCUAUGAAUUGCAUUUUCCACAAAAAUCUCAUUGCUGUAAUGCAUCUGGAUGUUUUUUUUUGUUUUUGUUUUUAAUUCAUAUUAUUCUUUAUAGUAAUUCUCAUUAGUUUCCCAUAUUACAGUAAUACAGUAAAAACCUGUUUUUCUUGGAAGAAAAAUAUCGCUCUUAUUUUGAUUUUGGGGUGAAACAGAUAUCACAGACAUGUUCCUGGGAGAUUUUUUGAGAUUCACCUGUAAAAAGUCUUCCUAGCUGAGGACCAUAUACAUUUCUUUCAGUUCUUCUGCUAAGUCAGUCUCACUUUUGGUUUAACACAUUAUUUAAUUAAAUUUUUAUUUUUUUGUAUUUAUCUGUGUCAGAACCAUGGCUACUCCAAAUCUUUAAAGUUACAAUAAUCUGAGUGCCACAUUUUUUUUUAGUUUUUUUUUUAAUAUCUCGAUUUGAUAAAGAAGUGAAUAUGUUCUUCAGUUAUUUGAAGUUUAUGUGAAUGUUUACCUGCUGAGGUCCCGACAGGCACAUUUUUGGUUUGCUCUAAAGGACCUGACUGACAUUACCAUCAAUAUUUCACCCAAUUUCAUCACACGGUACCAAUGUAUUAAUGAAUACCAGAAUAUCUGACGAUACAUUUUGGAGAUUUGUUUGACUUCAAUCUUGGAAACCUGAGCUCUUUUUCGUCAUUCCCCUGUCUAUAUUAAAACAUAUUAUGUGACUGUUGAUGAUGUGUUUAUGAUGAUAUGAUUUAAGGUAUUAUAUAAUUUUAUUAUUAGGUUUUUUUUUUAAUUUUAGGAAUUUAAAGUCAAUUUAACUAAUGGCUAAUGCAUAUUUAAUUAGACACAUUUCUCAAUCCAGAAAUAUUUAUAAAGCGCAACAAACCCACCCCACAAAUGGAAAAGUGAGAUCUUCCUGGCGAAAAAAAAAAAAAAUCUAGUUAAUUAAUAAUUGUUUGACUUAAAAUGAAAUGAAUCAAUUAGAGACUAAAAAGAGAGUACAUUUGAAUUUGAGAGAAGCAACAUUUCAAGUAAUUUAAUAAAAUCACCAGUGCACUUUUUAUUUGUUGUUUUUGGGGGCAAUUUUUAUCUAUUUUAUCUCUUUGUUUAAAACGUAUCAAAAAGCUGAAAUAAACUGCAGUCAAAAUAAAAUAAAUAAACGUUUCUACAUGUGGGCUGGCUUUUACUUUCCUUGUCAUCACAAAUCUCUGCCAAAGUGUUUUUCAUGCAUCAGUGCUUUUCUGGCUCCAUGUUCACCCCCAUACAUGCCAACCAGUCUUGUGUGAUAGAUUCAGCCUGCAGCAGGGGUCAGAGUUCACUGAAGGGUUAACAGGAAGAGGCCCAUCUUUCUGACCCCUUAAGGUCACCCAAGUCCCUCCACUUUAAUUUCUUUUCCUAAUUUUUCUGGACCAUCAAUUAGCUUUUCUUCUUUUCCUUUGUAUACAUUUUUCAUUAACAUGUUAUCCAUUAAUAGGAAAGACACCGAUUUUGCUCAGUUUAAGCUUGAAACAUGAGCUUUCUUCAUUUUUUUAAUUCUGAUAUUUAUUUGCAAGGCUAGAAUCUAUUCUGAUUUAACUCAUGGAAAAAGCAGAUUGAAAAUACAAGCUCAAUUUGUAUUUUUAUUAUUUUUAAAUUAUU